AUGUACUUAUUUAAUGUAUACACUUCUGAAUUGGAAGAGCAAUACUGGUAUCUUGAAAAUAAAUCCUAUUCGUUGCCAGAAACGUUAUCUCUUAUCUAUUUUAUGAGUCCUAUUUAUGUAUAUUUAGGAAUUGAAAAUAAUACAACACAUUCAGAAAUAGCCCAUACACCUACUUGUAGAAGAAAUAUAUCCUAUGUUCAACAAUUAGGCGCAGGUUGCCUUGUUGGGUUUUUAUCAGGUGUUUUAGCUAAACACAUAGGAAAAUUUGCCAUCAUUCUAUUCGUUGGUAUUUAUUUAAUUUCAUGGGGUCUUUUCGCCGCUUUACAAAGCCUUGGAACAUGUUUCUAUACUUAUCUCAUAGAAUAUGGCACAAAAAAACCAAAAGUAUCAAAGAAAUUGUCAAUGAGCUUCUCUUUAAAAAUAUUGUUUUCAAAGUAG